AUGGGUAUAAUUAUUCCCUCAUCCGCUUUCUUACUUGGUAUUGAUAUAUUCUUGCAGGCUGAUACUUAUCGCUACACCGAUGCCGGGACAUGGUCAGCACCGCUUCAUUUCAUUGAUGCCAACGAUGACCCCCCAUCCAGCUGCGGGGUAGAAUACUCCCGUGACUGUGGAACUGGAGGUUGCGUGGUUAGCGCUAUCAAGAACUAUACCUCGCGUGUUCAGAGUUCCUCAUUGAGCGAUGCAGACGUGGCGAUGGCUGCAAAGUUCCUUGUCCAUUUUAUUGGAGACAUCCACCAACCUCUUCAUGACGAGGGCCUCGACUUGGGAGGAAACGAAAUCGAUGUAACCUUCGGCGGAGAAUCCACCAAUCUCCACCACAUCCAGUGGGACACCAACAUCCCCGAGAAAUACGUUGGUGGAUAUGCGCUCUCUGACGCCAAGUCCUUCGCCGCAACCCUCACCACCUCGAUCAAAACUGGGUCCUAUGAAUCCGAAAAAGCGUCCUGGCUCGAUGGCAUUGAUCUAUCCGAUCCAGUGACCUCGGCUACGAGUUGGGCUUCGGAGGCCAAUGCUUAUGUCUGCAGCACGGUCAUGCCUGAUGGGAUAUCUGCAGUCGAAAAGACGGAUCUUUCGGGUACUUACUAUACGAAGGCUAUUCCGGUUGUUGAGUUGCAGAUUGCAAAGGCGGGAUAUAGGUUGGCGGCUUGGUUGGAUCUUAUUACUAGCGGCAGUACUGGACUUUGA